AUGGAGGAGGAAGGAGUGCCUGGGAAAGAGGAGGACAAAUCCUGUCCACUGGCUUCCAAGGAGGAACCUUCUCUGUUGUGCACAGAGCAGGUAGGUGGGGAAGAGACUCCAGAAUAUAACACAGUCAUUGUGUCUGGACCAAGCGAUGAACUGGAGACCCCUGACCCGACGGAGUUCAUCAUUAAUCCCCCAGAGAACCCAGUACCUGAUACGGGGCAAUGCCAUCUGAACUUACUGGCAGUUUGUGGGCCCUUGCCUGACCCACCAGGAGGAUGUUACAGCACCUACACUUCAGAGCCCCCCCAGGGCCCGGGAUUCUACGCUACGGGAGGACAGUUCCAGCCUGUAAACCUAAAAAUGGUGGGUGCCUAUCCACAAACCGCACCUUUGCCGCGACGAUCUGCCCGCUGUUCCACCUCCUGCCACGUGCCAGCCUAUAUAUACGACACGGGACCUGAAGAAGUAAGUCAAAAGUUGAAGAGCCAGGAUGAAAAUCUGGAUGAGGUGGCAGCUCCUAGCCGGAAGAAGAGCCGAACCCUGUACAACAUUGACCAGCUGCAAGAAUUGGAGCGAAUGUUUAUGGACGAUCAUUAUCCGGACAGCGAGAAGAGGAAAGAAAUUGCGGAGAUUAUUGGGGUGACGCCACAAAGGAUUAUGGUUUGGUUCCAGAACCGACGAGCCAAAUGGCGCAAAGUUGAGAAGACGUCUCUUAAAGGUGGAAAGAAAGUGAAUUCUUCUAUGGCUAUGGUGCCCCGGUCUGAGAACGUAGGCUUCGGUUCCACCGCUUCAAUGCAAGCAAAGCCAGAAACCAUUUCAUAUGCAGUGCCUUCAGUCCACCAUACAUACGGAUCAUUACAGGGUGUGAGGAACGGGAUGCCUAUUGUCCACGGAAGUCUUCUUCACAGAUCUCACUCUAUGGAUGUGUCUCAACACAGCACCUCCUGCGGUUCCAACAUGUCUAGUUUAGGGUCACCUGGAGCCCUCUGUCUGCCGCCAUCCCAGGAGUACCCUCCCACGUUCCAUAGUCCCCCGCCGCUGCGGCGUGUCGGUCUGCCUAUGUCCAUGACCUUUAACCCCAGCAGUCACAUGGUUCCGCUCAUGCUGGAUACGCCGGAGAGCGCCUGUACCCCUUCUCCGUCUACUGAUGGCGAUAUGUUCUCAUACAAUAUUCAGGAAUCCCCAAUGGCAGAGACGAUGGGGGCAUCUAUGAGAUUCGGGCCGCACUACUAUCACCAGAACAACCAGUUGGGACACUACCAGAUGCUCCAGUAUACCCAGUACCAGAGAGUUCCAGUACACAGUCUUACUCCAACCUCUCCAGAGGACGCAGCCUUCCUCGCCGUUCCGGCCAGUAACGCUGGAAUGCUAGCCUUUGGCACCUCGGGAACAUACCUGCAGGGCAGACCAGGGGGACAUAUUGUGCUUCAACCAGGCACAGGUGGUCCGGCCUAUCAUUCUUCCCCAUGGAACGACAUGUACGUACAAGGCGCUCCCUUCCAGUACUCUCGCCCGCAAGUGGGGGGAACACGUGGUAUUUCUGAGCAGCCCCACUGCCAACAGCCUGCAUUGCGCAUAUCAGAUCACCAUCAGGAGCCGACACCACCCACCCAGCCCACCGCCAGUGAAACGACGCAGAGCCCUGUCCGAUUCUCCAAGGACAACGAUGGUCAUCCUUCUGUAAGGCGGCAUUCACACCUAGGAGACGGCGUCUUCCCUCGUUUCUACGCGUGUCUUCGCUGUAAGUUUUUUAACCUGCCAAAAAGACGCUCGUGUGCUUUCUUCCAGCACGAGUAUUUUGCUAAAAAAGCCCAGAAGUGA